AUGAAAUUGCUGUCCAUAUGUGUAGAGACGCCAACCCAUGAGCUCCGAGUUCGCGGCCGCCUCCCAAAGGAUGAGUCGGAUUCAAAAGUAGUAUUCAAAAUAAUAACUGAGAUGAUCGCAGAAUUUGAUAAUUUACUGAAAGUAAAAUCAGAAUAUGUGGUCAAAUGCAUGGGCUCGUGGGUUACCAGCGAUCACUAUUAUAUUCAAAUGGAGUUAUGUUCCAAUAGUCUACAGAAUAUUCUUAGACUUAAACCACAAGUAUUUGGUCGACAACCGGAAGAACCCAUGAAUUCAAUCGAGUUUUACAUUUCGUGUCAUGUAUUCAAAGAAAUCUUAGAAUGUGUCCAAUAUUUGCAUCAAUUCUAUCGACCAAUAAUUCAUAGGGACCUUAAACCCAACAAUAUUUUGGUGGCCCGGGAUGUGAAGGACAGCCGCUAUUUUAAAUUAGGUGGCUUUGUACACAAUUGGGGCUUCUAUACAAUGACUGGUAGGGAUAUGGGUGCUCCUGAAUAUCAGGCACCGGAAGUCACAAAUGAUAUUAGAUACGACCAUAGGGUAGACAUCUAUAGUCUCUCGAAAAUCGGCGAAAAAAUAUUUGAUUUCAAUUUGAAUAACGAGUCUCCACAAUCGUAUUCAUCAGAUAAUGAAGAGUUAAACAAAUGUGUCAUUAAAUUACGGGAAGUAUUGGUUUCGAUGGCUUUGUAUCCCAAUUGGGAGGACAGACCCGAGUGUAAGGAUGUGUUGAAGACAUACCACGAAUGGGUUGUCUCAUUGAGGAUUCAGACCUAG